UUGUUGGUAGAGGUACAUUCAUAUCAAACAAACUGAAAGAUUACAGACUCCUUCAGUUCCUCUUUUUUAUGGAUGAUCUUCUAGAAAUCAUCAGUGAUUUGAGCUUACAUUUUCAGAAAGACGGCACAACAUGCAUUGAUUUUCUUGAUACCCUAGAAACAGCUGUUCUUAAUCUGUUGCAACUUAGGCAGCAGCCUGGUGCAAAACUUCAAGGUUUUCUUGACAGCAUAACUGUUCAAAACAACAAAGGGUUAUACAAAAACACUGAACUUAAAUACUACAGUCCUCAGUUUGACUACACUACGUUACAAUCAGUCAUUGACAUAGUUGUUGAUAGAAUUUCUGGAAGGUUGGAAAAUCCUAACGAUCCUACAAAAUCUAUCCUCCAAGCUGCUCAGAUUUUUGAUACAAAAGACUGGCCAAACGACAGACAGCAACUAGCUGUGUAUGGUACCCAACAACUUCAGCAGCUUAGUGACCAUUUUCAGGUCUUUCUUGACAAUAUUGGUUGUGAUAGGAACCAGCUGCUGCCAGAAUGGGUGCACGUUAAAGCUCACAUUGGCAAUAGACUUAUUAACAAUGUCAACCUUCCAAAGAUUAACACUUUAUUUGUUCAACAACCUGAUCAGUACAAAAACAUUUUGAUGUCAAUAGAAAUUGUAUUGGUUUUGCCAAUAAGUAGUUCUAUAUGUGAGAGAGGGUUCUCUGCUCUUAAGCGAAUCAAAUCUGACUGGAGGUCUAACUUGACAACAGACACGAUGAAUCACUUGCUACUAGCAUCAAUUGAAGGGCCCUCUCUUGAUGAAUACAAUUCAGAAAGGGCAGUCCAUCUUUGGUGGACAGGUGGACAACGACAAAGACGCCCACAAUUUGCACCUGGUCCUAACAUGGUGGAGGUGGAGGAAGACCAGCUUCUGAACUUUUUGUUAAAUGUUUAACUUUACAUAAAAUUUGCAAAAGCUAUAAUGACUUUCACCUUGACUUUAAAGUUAAAGAAAAAGAAAUUAUUGGAUUCACAUAUUUGACUUAAAUCAAUAUGAAAUUACAAUAUUAGCAUAUAGUGUUUUACAUAAAAUAAGUCAAUAUAAAAGUCUACUGGUACUAUUUUUAUUUUUUUAUUAGACACAAAAAUAAUUUUUAUUAGACACAAAAAUACAGUAAGUCACUGUGCAAUUUGCUGCAGAUCUGGAAGUACAUAAAUAUGGCUCAACUUCUGUCUGUAACUUACUAAGUGUUCUGCCUGCAAACAUUAACUUAAAGGUAAAAAUGUAUAUACAUAGAUUGCUGUCUGAGUGACAGGAGUUUUGAAACCAUUCAAUACAUUAUUAUUAAUUAAUGAUUUCACAUGGAGAUCACAAGAAAACCAGGGUAACACUAUUAAUAAAAAAACACUCAUGAGAAUGCAAUGCAUAUACAUUACAGUUUUUUGUUGGUCAGUUUCGAACAAGUACAUUUUCCAUUCGGACAACCUAAAUUUCAUGUUAACUUGUCCGAAGGGACAGGUUGGUAUUAAAAUUAGUGUCAGUCCCUGUCUGC